AUGGCGCUGUGUGUCAAUGACAAAUCUGGAGGUAUAAAUAGCUAUGGAGAAAAAGCCUUUUUCCUACUUCCCAGUGCAGAACUAGUGAGCAACCACGAAGUUCUCUUCUUGGUUCACCUUGGAGCUGCUGCUGCUAUUCCCACUAAUGAUAAUGCUGUUGAGAUUAUUGGAGGCUACACAUGUAAGAGCAUCUCUGUCUCCUACCAGGCAGCCCUGAAUGUUGGCUACCAGUUCCAACUACAGCUCUAUCUGGGGGAACUCAACAUUCAUGAAAUUAAGGGUAAGGAACUCAUUAAUGCAACCAAGUUCAUCUUCCACCCAAACUAUGACAACAUCACCGCUGAUAGUGGCAUCAUGCUGAUUAAACUGAACUCACCAACCACCAUUAACUCUCAUAUGUCCACUGUCUCAGGCCAAGCUUCUGAGUGCCUCAUGUCAGGCUGGGGUGACACAGUGAGCAUUGGAAGUAAGUAUUACUUGGGACAAGUCCAAAAUGUGAGAAGCCCUAGACAGUGUGACUCUGGUGGCCCCAUGGUCUGCAAUACAGAUCUCCAAGAUACUCCAUCCUGGGGCACAAGCUGUAGUGAGAAAGGGAAAACUGGUGUCUACACCAAAGUGAGCAACUACCUGGACUGGAUUCAGGGGACCACUAAUGCCAACUAA